AUGGGGCUGGAGAGCGGGGUGUAUUUGGGUGGAUGCUGGGUUUUGACCGCCGCACACUGCGUCAGGCCCAAACCCAAGUCCUUCCGCAUCAAGUUCUCUCUCUGGAAGAAGCAUCGUUCGCAGUCGACGACGGAUAUUGUCCCGGUGAAGAACAUCAUCAUCCAUCAUGAAUAUAACCCUCAAACCUAUGCCAACGACAUCGCUUUGGUGCAGCUGGAGGAGGUGCAACUUUCGGACAAGUGCAUGCUGGACAAUUCAGCGGUCCGAGCUGUCUGCGUUCCCUGGUCCACCCAACAGUUCCAGCCCAACGACACCUGCACCGUCUCCGGCUGGGGCAGAGGAGCGACUCUGAAAUGGGCAAAUGUGACGCUUGUUGGCGACUGCGAGCAUUACUUCAAGGACCGUUUCCUCGCAGGAAUGGAGUGUGCAGGUGACCUGGACGGGAGGGUGGACUCGUGUCAGGGUGACUCCGGAGGGCCACUGGUGUGCACGGACACGUCUGGUUUGUCAUAUGUGUGGGGAAUAAUGAGCUGGGGAAAUAAAUGCAGCGAACCCAAUCAUCUCGGCAUCUACACUAAGUGGCGCAUUAUUUGA